AGAAACAUGACUGAUAAACCAGAGAAGAUGAAAGCGGUUGAUGAUACUGAUGGGGAGAGAGAUGUGUCUGAUGAACAACUUAGCGAUGAUGAAUCCGAGACUAGAGAAAUCGUUCUUGGCCUCCCUGCUUUGAGUAUCACCAGUAGAAUAUUCGGUGAUCUAAGUAGCGUCUCUGAAACAGAUGAAGAAGAGGCGCCUAUGAAAGAGCAAGACGAAGCGGCUUUGAAAGAGCAAGAAGAAGCGUGUUCCAAAGAGCAAGAAGAAGCGUGUUCCAAAGAGCAAGAAGAAGCGGCAUUGAAAAAUCAAGAACAAGUACGUUUGAAUGAGCAAGCGGUUGUUGCGGCUGAGUUGGUUAUGGCUAUGGCAGAGGAAGCUGUUAUGAAAGGGAAGAGUGACGAGGGUGGGAGUGGUGGGAAGAUGAAGAAGAAGAAGAGCAGACCAAGGACAUCGACGAAAACUGAUGACGAAGCAGAUGGUUCGGGUACAGGAGAAGCUAAAAAGCCGAAGAAGAAAGGUUCGCAAUUGAAUCAUCCACCGAAAGGACCACCGGUUUGUCACAUUUGUGAUAGAGCCUUUGGCUCUUGGAAGGCUGUGUUUGGACACAUGAGGGCUCAUAGGGACAGAAGCUAUCAAGGGUUUCUUCCUCCUCCUACGUUCUCUGCGGCGGCUGAAAUGAUUGCGGUUCCAGGACGUAAGUCUGCUUUUGUUCUUCUGACUGCCGGAGGAGGAAGUUCUGGUGGGAAUAUUAAUGCUAGUGGAGGAGGAAUACCUGAUGAGGCUUCUGCCAGUGGUGUCGGUAGGGUUCCGGGAGAAGGAGGGGGAAGAAGUUUAGGGCUUGAUUUGAAUGCUGAACCUGUGGAGAAAGGAGAAGAAGCUACUGAAUCUGGAUCUAUUGCCAAGUUUGAUCUUAAUAAAUCCCCACCGAAAGAUGAUGAUGAUGAGAAGAACGGCAAUUGAUUUUUUUUUCUUCCUUAAUGCAGUAAUGUGUAAGAUAAUUUUUUUUCUUCUACUGAUUAAGUUGUUUGCUAUACCGUUUAUGUCUUUAACAUUGUGC